AUGAACGGAUUCCAAGCACUUCUGACGUUCCUCGGCGUUCUCGUGAUCGUGGUCGGAGACCGGGACCUGAUCGAGAAGUACACCCGUGCCACCGGAAACGUAUACCAUGGUAGGUACACGAGAGACGUCCACGAGCCGGAAUUCCUCGUGCCGAGGAGAGUGUUCGAGGAUGGCAGCUUCCACACGUACUCCCUGCCGAAUUUCUACGACCGACGGGAGAUCGCCGAGCGCGGAAAGAGGUCGGCCGAGGCAGGGGAGAAGGAGCCGGAGACCGAUAAAUUACACCUGGUGCUGCCUUUCAACGGGAUCGAGCAUCACGUGGAGCUCGACCCGCACCACGAAUUCAUCUCGCCAGACAUGGUGAUCGAGACGAGGGGCGCAGGUCUGAGCAGCAACCUGAACGAGGCGAUACGAUUCAAGAGGGCUCCGGAUCAGCAGUGCCAUUAUCGGGGUUUCGCCGGCUACGUGCAGACCGAUCACGGCCGGUACUUCAUCGAGCCGGCGCACCAGGCCGAACCCGAGUCGGAUGGCCGACACGUGCACAUAGCUUACGAACGCAGUAUCCCGCACGGAGGGCACGGGAAGGAUGAUCACGCUCCAAGGAGAACCUGCGGCACCAGCGAUAACUGGGAGGCAGCGUGGGCGGAGGCGUUGGCACACCGCGAGAAACGGCUGUCGCAGGGAAAUUCGUUGGCAUCGAAGAGGGAGACGCACCUCGGCGUGACCCACAGCAUACACCGGUACCUAACGGUUGCGCUGGUAGCCGACAGGAUGUUCCUGGAUUUCCACAACAACACCAACUACGAGCAGUAUCUGCUGACGAUCACGAAUAUGGCGGCCGACUAUUACCACGACGUGUCCACCGGCAAUCAGAUCGACUUGAUCCUCGUACGAAUGAUAUACCUGGAGAAAGAAAAGGAGGAGACAGAUCUACGCAUUAGUCCCGCGGCCGAGGAGGCGCUCGACAGCUUCCUGAAAUGGGCGCACAAGCUCAAGCCGAAGGACGAGAACCAUCCGAAUCAUUUCGACGCGGCCGUCCUCAUCACCAGGUACGACAUUUGCUCGGAAGGGACCGAGUGCGGGCUGUUAGGGCUGGCGUACGUCGGCGCUAUCUGUAUUGAGCACCGGGGAGGAUCGAUCAACGAGGACAACGGUCUGGCGCUCGGAAUCGUAGUCGCUCACGAACUUGGUCACACGUUGGGCUGCGGUCACGACGAAGGAGGGCCGAACGCGUGCGAUUCGCAGGACUCGACGGACAGUAGCUACUACGUGAUGGCUCCGGUUUGCAAGUACUUCACGAUCCGAUGGUCCCCGUGCAGUAGAAAGUUUAUGACCGAGCUGUUCGACCAGGGGCUGGGCGACUGCCUGAGCAACAGCCCGCGAAAUCCGCCGCAGGACUUCAAAUUCCCGGAAAUGUUGCCGGGCGCGAUGUACGACGCGGACUUUCAGUGCCAGAUGGUUUAUCCCGGCUCGAAGCGUUGCACAAACAUGGGGGCGUUCACGUGCGAAAAGCUGUGGUGCAAUGUGAACAAUUCCUGCUUCAGCCGCGGUCAUUCUCUGGCCGAUGGGACGAAAUGCGGCGAGAACAAGUGGUGCAUCCACAAGCAAUGCGUGGAAAUGGGCACUCGACCGAAGGCGGUGCACGGCGGAUGGGGUUCAUGGAGUCCCAUGGGCAGUUGCAGCAGAACCUGCGGCGGUGGCCUCAAAUAUUCCGAGAGGGAAUGCGACAAACCGACGCCGGCUAACGGAGGCAGAUAUUGCAUCGGAGAAAGGAAGAGGUUGACCAUUUGCAACACCCAGCCCUGCGACCCCAGCAAACCGCCGUUCCGAGCUGUGCAGUGCUCCAGUUACGACACGGUAAAGAAGAUGUCAGACGGUCUUCACACGUGGAAACCGAUUCUAGACAAGAACGCCCUUUGCGCGUUGUACUGCGUCAACGAAAAGAACCAGAAAAUGAAACUGGCACGGGUCGCGAACGACACGACACCUUGCAGACCCGGGACCAACGAUAUGUGUGUGGCCGGUAUAUGUAGGAAAGUGAGCUGCGAUUGGAUCUUGGACGGCACGGCCGUCGAGGACAAAUGUGGCAUUUGCAAAGGCGACGGCACGAAGUGCAAGAAGAUAGAGGGUCUGUUCAAUGCGACGACCUCAACCAGCCCUCGCGACGAGAUCGUGAGGAUUCCUAAGGGCGCGACCAGCAUCACGGUGGCGGAGUUGCUGAAGAAAAUGAACAUUCUGUCGUACGCAUUCUUCGGGUACAACGCGUACAGGCGGUUCGAGGUGAUUUACACGUAUUACGUGCCGUCGGCCAAUCCUUCGUACACUCCUAAAUACCUGUGGGACUUCACCGAGUGGACCAACUGCGACGUCAAAUGCGGCGGUGGUACAAUGAUCUCCGAGGCGGCGUGCAUCGAGGAGAACGGGGGCAAAGUCACUCCAGUUUUCUGUCAGAGUAUGCCCAAGCCGGAAGCGAAGAGUCGCGUGUGCAAUAUGGAACCCUGUCCUGCGAAGUGGAGAGUGAGUCAGUGGAGCAGGUGCAGCGCCUGCGACGGCAAGACGGGUUGGAAGCAUCGCAAAGUGCAAUGCGUGAAGCCGGCUUCGCGUUCCGGCGAGGACGACGUACAGGCAAACUUUGACGCGUGCAAGGGACGCGUGCCCAAGCAGAAGGAGGAAUGCGUCGGCAAGAGGCCGUGCAAGAAGACCUGCCCGAAAGCGACGAGGAACGUUGACAAAAACCAGGAGACCGCGAAGGGGAUGAUGUCCGUUCCGAUGGAGAAAAGGGCUGAAAUGAUCGACGCGGUCGUGGAUCUUAGUUUGGCGAGGUACCUAGGGAAAGUGUACGGAGUUUCGAGCGACGAAGACGAAUUGGGGAGGAUGAGCGACUGGACGGACACCGAGGAUGAGAAGAUGAAACGCAGCACGACGUGCACUCCGGGGAAGAACAUAACUACACCGAGGCCUGGCUCGUUCGUCAAAGAUCACGAGCCGGUUGAAUCCGUGGUCCUGCAGGAAGCUCCGUACUUGAACGAGAAUCUUCAACAGAAUCUGUCCGACCUGGCGUACCAGCAAUCCGGCGAUCGCGUCGGCGUGAGCCUCGAUACCGCUCACGAGAAGGUGUACCAAGGUGAAGAGGCUAUCAAGAAGAUGCAACAGCUAACCGGUCAGAACGAGACACGCGUUGCGGCGUCCCCGCCGACGAACGGUAACGAGAAACUGACGUACGAUCGACUGGCGAGACUUGUGGAUCCUGAGAAUCAACGAUAG